AAAAACACUCGAUGGUGUCCAAUAUGUAGCCAAAUUUUCCCUCUUUGUUUUUCCAUUCAUUCCCUUUUCAACUUUUUAACCACAACAAAAUUUAAAUAAAAAAGUAUCCCACCAUUUGAUGUUCUUCCAACAAUGUCUCCGGUCACCGAUCUCCGCCGUCCUCUAAUAGUUUCCGGCGGCACCGGACUAACACACACUACCAUUGAUGAAAACUCACCUUCCCAUCACAUCUUAACGAUAAAUGAUCAUCUGGGUAUCUCUAAUUCUCCACAAUUUCAAACACCCACAAAUCAAGAUUCAAUCUUUACACAAUUUAUUGAUGAUGGCUCAUCAAGAAAUCAAGAAAACCCGUAUGGGGUUAUCGGGUCAGAUGGGUUUGACCCACCAGGUCCGACCACUGUUGACCCAUUUAGAAACCAAACACCAAAGAUUGUUGGGGUUUAUGAAUGGGCCAAAAUGGUGAUUAUUGUGCCUAUAGCUUUGGUUAGGCUUGUUUUGUUUGGGUUGUGUUUGGUUAUUGGUUAUGCUGCUACUAAAAUUGCUUUGUGUGGUUGGAAAGAUCAAGAACAUCCAAUGCCAAGAUGGAGAUGUAGAGUUAUGUGGAUUACAAGAUUCUGUUCAAGAGGGAUUCUAUUUUCAUUUGGCUACCAUUGGAUUAAACGAAAAGGGAAGCCUGCGCCAAGGGACACUGCUCCUAUUGUUGUAUCUAAUCAUGUAUCAUACAUUGAUCCAAUAUUCUUUUUCUAUGAAUCAUCUCCAACCAUUGUUGCAUCCGAGUCCCAUGAUUCCAUGCCCUUUGUUGGAGUUAUAAUUAGAGCUAUGCAGGUGAUAUAUGUGAAUCGAUUCUCAUAUCAAUCCCGGAAGCAUGUUGUAAAUGAAAUAAAGAGAAAGGCCUCAAGUGACAUGUAUCCUAGGGUACUUCUGUUUCCGGAGGGAACCACAACCAACGGAAGGCAGCUUAUUUCUUUCCAACUCGGUGCAUUUAUUCCCGGUUUUCCUAUACAACCAGUGGUCAUCCGCUAUCCUCAUGUACAUUUUGAUCAAUCAUGGGGUCAUAUUGCUUUGGCGUCGCUCAUGUUUAGAAUGUUCAUGCAGAUCCACAAUUUCAUGGAGGUUGAAUAUCUUCCAGUUAUCGCACCUUCACAACAUCACAAGGAAAGUGCGGCUCGUUUUGCUGAGAGGACUGGGAGAGCCAUGGCUUCUGCUCUUAAUGUUGUACAAACAUACCAUUCCUUCGCAGAUUAUGCGCUUCUUUCAAAGGCAGCCGAGGCUGGAAAGGAAAAUUUUUCACCCUUUAUGGUUGAAAUGGCAAAAAUGCAAAAAUUGUGUCAAUUAAGCUCAUCAGAAGCUGUAGACUUCUUGGAAAGAUUUCUUGGCAUGAAUCCAGAUAGCAGUGGAUGUGUUACAUAUCAAGAUUUCAUUAGGGUUCUAAGAUUGAAGUCAUCUAGCCUUUCCGAAAAUAUUUUUCGUCUUAUUGAUGAUGAUAAGGAUGGAGUUAUAACCUUCAAAGAGUUCUUGGUUGCAUCUGCUCAUGUUAUGAAGCUGCCAUUAUUCCGGCGAGCAUGUGAAGUGGCCUUUAACGAAAGUGACGAAGAUAAAGAUCACCACAUUUCAUUUAUUGAAUUUGGAGGUUCCAUAAGCCCAGCCAUUUCAUCCUUAUCCACGAGCGAGAUACACAAACUAUUCGACCUUUUUGACACCGAUGGUGAUGGUAAGAUCAGCAAGGAAGAUUUUAGCACCUGCUUAAGAAGAAAUCCUUUGCUCAUAGCACUUUUCAAUCACCAUUUAAAGCAUAAAGAUUUGAAUACAGCAACAAGUUUGGAAGAAACGGUUUGAUGGGUUGGAUAUAGUUUUAUUUUUUUAACACUUUAUAUUUUACUGUUUCUAUAUACUUGGCCCUUUUUUUAGUGCUAAAAGGCUAGAGUCAAUUUUCAUUGCAUGGGAUGGGAGUGCUAGUCAUUAUUGCUUUGGAAAAGCAUAGUUGUUUGUUGGCUGCUAUUGGUUACAACAGGGGGAAAGAGGGAUUGGAAGAGUUUUCUCUUUGUGGUAUAUUUUGGUUGUGAAAUGUCUAUUUAGUGAAUAUUUUUUGUCUUCUAUGUUUUCACUUUGAUUUGUAGAUUGAUAGAAAAUAUGGUGAUAAAAAGUAUUCCUGUAGUUAUGUUGAUUAAAUAUCA